CAGCUACUAGUGUGACAGGCAGGUGUAAGAGACAGCAGUCGGUGCCAGUCGUUGCAGGAUGUCGGAUGCGAUGCCUUCCAGUAUGAAGAUCCUUCUAGGCUUGGGACUGCUCACCCUAUUGCUGCCGUCAGCACUGCCUUUGAGUUGCUACGUGUGCAGCACUGCUCCGACCAAUGAGCAAUGCAACCGGAAUAACCAAACCUGCCCGGCAUUAGAGAACCGCUGUUUGACCAUCAUAGACAUUCGGGGCUCCUCCAGGACCAUCUCCAAACAGUGUGCCACCGCGUCCACCUGCACGGGCGUUUCUACCACAUCGGGGCUGGACGCGAACGGCGACGGCGUCCUGGCAGAAUGCUGCAGAAACAGUAACCUCUGUAAUGUCAACGGGGCCGGUAGCAUCUCCGCACGCAAGGCCCUCCCGGCGCUGUCCCUGCUGGUGCUGCUGGGACUGGUGGCGCAGUAAGACGUUCACAGAUGCGCACUUAUGCAAUACGUCACGUAUCGCAAAAUGAUUUUAUCAUGGGUGUUACCCACUGUCUUAUAAUUAUAUACUUUAUCGAAUGCUGCUUUGAUUCAUCAUGAGGAAACCAGUUGGACUUGCUAGAAGUUCAACUGGUUUGUUUGGUUUAAUCUUUUGAUAAUGGGAGAACGCAGGUUUUUGAAGCGAGGGACUAGGGUGACCGGAGGAAAUGUUGGCCUACAGGACAUGGAGCAGAGAGAGGUUAAAUAAAUAAACACAAUUAAAUGGAAAAAAUAGUGACCAGGUCCCAUUGAUCACUAGCUGCUGUUUCAUUACAGCCCUGAUUACUUAUUACACACAUCAGUUAGUAUCGGUGGCUACGUUUUUUUAAUUGACUGUUAACCUUUUUACAUCAUUAUUAUUUACUUUAAAUGUACUUCAAUUGAAAUGGAUGCGUCCUUGGAAAAAAUAAAUGUGUUGUGAACAUCAGCAAUAUUUGAUCAUAAUUUCACUUGAAUACCCUGCUCAGAAAUAGGACUUUCAAUAAGAAUCUUAUAAAAUAUAUGUAUAAAGAUGCAGACACUAAGGAGACCUGCAUGUUGGCUGAUACUUAAUAAAAGCUUCAAACAGACAGAACAGUGGACACUUCA